UAGAUUCUUAUACGAAAGGGAAGAAGGCUGUGUAAAAAAUUCUCGUGCGCGUGAAAAGCAACCCAUCUGUUUUGAUUAAAGGUAUUACUUUUGCAAAACAUACUUUAAAUUAUAUGAAUGGGAAAUUAUGCAAAAUCACAGAAGCAGGUGACAAGUUGAGCCAUGCCUGAGUUGGUGAAUGGGAGAGUUGCUAAUGGAACUCACAGGGAUACAAAUUACUCCCCAGUGCAAGAGACAGAGUAUGGAGAAUAUCGCAGUCUGACUGAUCGAAUGAAUCGGAGGAUUCAGUCAGGUGAUCCCUGGUAUUCACUGGAGUUCUUCCCACCAAGGACAACUAAUGGGGCGGUCAACCUGGUCAGUAGGAUUGAGAGGAUGAGUGAGGGUGGUCCAAUGUUUUGUGACAUCACAUGGCACCCUGCUGGUGACCCUGGGAACACCGAGAAGCCCACCAGCUCCACCUGCAUGGCAGCCACCAUGCUGAACUUCAGUGGGGUGGAGACGAUGCUCCACAUGACGUGUAGCAACAUGGAUGAAGAUGAUAUAAAGACAAAUCUGAAAAAAGCAAAGGAUCUGGGACUCAAAAAUCUGCUGGCUCUCCGAGGGGACCCCCCGGAUGGUGGAGAAACUUGGAAGAAACAAGAAGAGGGACUAAACUAUGCAUCAGAUUUAGUAAGACUGAUACGGAGAGAACAUGGGGAUCACUUCACCAUUUGUGUGGCAGCGUACCCAACUGGUCAUCCAGAAUGUUCUUCUUAUGGAGAUGAUCUUCGGCAUCUGAAAGAUAAAGUGGAUGCAGGUGCAGAUUUUAUAAUAACACAGUUGUUUUUCAAGGCAGAGACUUUCUUUCAAUUUGUGCGUGACUGUCGAGAAAUAGGAAUUACGUGUCCAAUUAUACCAGGUGUCCUUCCCAUUCAGGCCUAUCAGUCCCUCAGACACAUUGUGAAAUUGUCACGACUAGAAGUACCGAAAGAGAUUCUGGAUACCAUUGAACCAAUUAAAGACAAUGAUGAGGCCAUCAGAAACUAUGGUGUGGAGCAUGCAUUUCAAAUGUGUCGCGAACUUCUGAAACACCAGGAUGUGCAUGGUGUCCACUUUUACACACUCAACAGGGAAGUGGCAACCAUUGAAAUCCUCAAAAGACUUGGUAUGUGGGUGGAUGAACCGUGUAAACCCUUACCAUGGAAACAGACAGCCAAUCAUGUGCGUUGUAAGGAAGACGUUCGACCCAUCUUCUGGCGAUCUCGACCAAAAAGUUACAUUUACAGAACGUCAAACUGGGAUGAGUUUCCUAAUGGUCGGUGGGGGAACUCCUCUGCUGCCUCUUUUGGUGAUCUUACAGACUACUAUUUGUUUUAUCUGAAACACAAACCAUCCAAAGAGGACCUCCUCAAAAUGUGGGGAGAGGAAUUGAACUCUGAACAGGAUGUGUGGGAUGUGUUUCACUGUUACAUAUCAGGAAGCCCCAACAAGAACGGGGUCAAGGUGUGUUCCAUGCCUUGGAAUGACGACGAACUGUCACCAGAAACCGGUUUUAUCAAGGAACAACUAGAAGCCAUUAACAAACGAGGAGUUCUCACCAUCAACUCGCAGCCCAGUAUCAAUGGAGCCCCCUCCUCCGACAGCAAAGUGGGCUGGGGAUCACCGAAUGGUUACAUCUACCAAAAGGCUUACCUGGAAUUUUUCACAUCAAAAGAAAAUAGCAUUGCUCUGAAGAAAAUUCUGAAGAAUUACCCUCUAGUCAAUUAUCACAUUGUGGACAAAAAUGGUGAAACUGAUUACACAAACUGUGAUCUCACAAAUCCUAUCGCAGUAACUUGGGGAGUGUUUCCCGGAAAAGAGAUCAUACAACCAACCGUGGUGGAUCCUAUUGCCUUUAAAACAUGGAAGGAUGAAGCCUUUGAAUUGUGGAAACACCCCUGGGGUAACCUUUACCCAGAAGGAUCUCAGUCCAGAAAGAUUAUCGACCACGUUUUUGAUAGUUAUUACUUGGUGAAUUUGGUGGACAAUGACUUUCCAAAAGAAUCUUGCCUGUGGAAAAUUGUAGAACAAAUGUUGGAGGCUGGAAGAAAGACAUCUUCCACCAUUGAGGAGAUGGAUAUCAGUGGACAGUGGUACGUCUCUCUCUCUCUCUCUUUAUACUUGCCAACAUGUCAUCACAUUGACAAAUUAAACAUCAGUAGUUACACAAUAUUGGUCAAAUUUACCCUUGCCACUGAGAAAAAUGCAAAAUACAUUUUGUGCUCUUCAAUUACAAAGCACCCCUCUCCUUUCUUUGCUUUUGUGUUUGACAAAGACAAUUGCAAUAUUUGUACAAGAUCCAUGGAAUUAUAUUUUGCAGAUAGAAUAGUUAUUUCUCUUUGUGUGUUUGCACUGACUUAGUUCAGCCAAAUUUAUUUCACAUCCUUGUAGAAUAUUUCUCCGACAGGUCCAAACUGAACUCGUGUCCUUAUAUUUCAGAUUUUUAUAAUAUCAAAUUCAACUUGUAACCUUCAAGGAUUUUUUAGGUUACUGGAGUGACUCAGGUGAUCUAUUGCUUUUGGUCUGCAUCCAUCAUAUCUUGUCCACAAACAAUAUUGGAACAUUUUUUUUUACCUCUUUUUGAAUUCCAAUUCUUUUGAAAUUUGGUGUGAAUCAUCUUUGGGACAAGGGGGAAAUAAAUUGUAAAUUUGAGGAAUCUUGGGCCCUGGGGCCUAUGAGGUGGGGUAAAACUGCCAAACAUUGACCAAAUUGGAGUCCUAUAUCCAAUUCAUGUUCCCCUAAAUGUCCCAAAAAUACUUCAUACCAAAUUUUAAAAGAAUUGGAAGAGUAGCUGUCAAGAAAAAGUUAAAAAUAUUCGUUAAUCACUAUGACCAUUUUGGUCCCACCUUGGUACCAAAAUCCCUACCCUUGGGAUCACGAAAUUUACAGAACAGGAAAAUUAUUAUACUGUAAAUUUCAUAGUCCUUGGGGCUAGUGAUACUUUUAACUAAUACCAAUAAGGCUUAUGGGCCUCUUGUAUAGGGGCAAAUUCUACUUGCAUCCUUGAAUUUCAUUAUUUUUAUGAGAGAAUUGAACUUGCAUCCUUUAUCUUUUAAUUGUUUUCUAGGAUCAAAUUCAACUUCCAACCUAUGGGCCUCUUGUAUAGGAGCAAAUUCAACUUGCAUCCUUGAAUUUCAUUAGGAUUUUUAUAAGAGAAUUGAACAUGCAUCAUUUAGUUGUUUUCUAGGAUCAAAUUCAACUUCCAACCUUUUAGGAAUUUCGUAGGACUUGGAAUAUUUACAGGACCAAAAUCAACUUUUUGUCAUAUAGCAUUUUUAUGAGAGCAAAUUCGACUUGUGUCCUUCAAGGAUUUUAAGCUAUGUUGCUUUAUGGUGAUGACAAUUUUUAUAAAUGUGAUUAAUAAAACCUUUCAUUAUACUCUCUUUUCAGAAUGAAGACUGUUCCAAUGGGUUGUGCAUUAUUCAAGAUGGGGACUAUUUCGUGUCUGAAAUCUACCUGCUGAAAUAAUGUGCUUGUACAAUGUACUUCUCAUUUGUGUUCUUGUAAAUUGAUGCAGUUGGUGAUGCAAGAAAUUAAUUUAUUCUGUGUGUCUUGAUGUAUUAUUUCAUCUUGCAAUAUUUUAUGAUAUAUAUAGUAUUUUAUACUAUUCCUAGUGUGUAUUUAACAUGUUUUUAAAGAUGAUGAUUAAUAAUAUGUGCGAUAUAGAGAGUACAGCCAAUUUUAAUAUGUGAUGGGAUAAACAAAAAAAUGGCAUAAUUGUUUCUUGAUUACAGUCACAGUCAAUUUUCAAUUGAUGUCCGGUUACUAUGGAUAUGAAGUUCCGUGAUUUAAUAGCUUGAUAUAGUAAAGUUUGUUUAUAAUAGUGAAUGAAUAAGGAAUGUCGACUGUAUGGGUAAUUCAUUAUCUAUUCUGAAUUUUAUGUACUUUUUGGAAAAUAAACAUUUUUAUUGACUUAAGAGUCUUCAACUAUUCGGUGUGCUUAAACUGUUUGUAAAUAUACACAGCAAGUUUUACCAAGCAUUGUUUGUUUUCAGUGUUGUGCAUGUAUGUUUUUUAUUUCAAAGAGUGUCAACAACUGGCAUUAGAAACCACAUUCAUUAAAAUUCUUUUUUAAUUUUGACGGUACAGGAAAACAUGAAAGUGCCCCAUAUCUCAUACUUUGUCGAAAAUUGAUUUUCCUUAUUUAAAAUGAUAAAUGAUUGAAUUUUCAGGAUGUACAUUUUCAAAUAUCGAAAUAAACAUUGAUUUCCAAUCAGCAUUUUAUCCAUAUGCGUCUGAUAUUUGAAUUUCCUAAUUAUUGGAAAUACAUGUGUACUGUAAUUCAAGUGGACAGAUCUGGGCUUUCACAAAUUAUGAAUAGGCUUUCAUUGGUACUCUUCUCUUAUUACAAUAAAUAUAUAACUUGAUACAAUGAUGUAUAUAUUACUGUUUAUUUUUAUUGAGUAUUGUUGAUAUGUGAAAUACUCUUACCUUUUACAUGUUAUUUCAUGUGUUUUAGUGAAAAAUUAAAUAGUUUGAAAUUUCA